AUGGUCAUCAUCCUUAGGACCGGCUCCACAACCAAGCACGCCGUUGACCUAAUUUCUGAUUUGCUCCAGCAAGGUAAGUUGAAGGAAAUUAUAGGCAUCCCAACGUCCAAACAGACCCACCAACAAGCGUCGACUCUCGGAAUCUCGCUUUCAGAUCUCGACUCUCAUCCCACCCUCGACCUUGCAAUUAACGGCGCCGAGAAGGUUGACCCACAUCUCAAUCUGGUGAAAGAAUGUGGCAGGUCUCCGCUUCGGGAGAAGAUGAUCGUGGGCGCCGCGAAGAAAUCGGGAUUGGUGAAGAUGGUGUGCGGCAAUGUCGAGAUUUUGGGGGAAAAUGGAGUGGCAAUUUGGUUGUUUUAG